AUGCAUCAGGUUCGCUCAGAUCCCGCGUCGCCGUCAUCACAGAUGACAGAACUUCACACGAUGCUGCCUGCAAACACUACGUUUGAGCAGCUGCAAAGUUCAGUCGAGCCGCUAGACCACCCCAAUGCUUCCCACGAAACUCCUUUGUCAGAAGAAGAAUUCUUGCGAACUUUACCGAAUUUCCAGUUUACCGGCCAAAUUUUACCCGGCUACGAAAACAUUUCAUAUUUCCAGACUUGUGCAUAUUCACCCCACAUGUAUACUGACUUCAGUCCAUCUCCUCAGUACCCUUACGAAAUGAACUGGUCGAACUGCAAUCUCCCAGCGUGUGUCGGCACUAACAGUUUUCUCAACACGAGUUUACUUAUUUCGCCUGACUGCGAGCAGCUCAUGCAUGAUGCUGCAACCAACUCAGCCAACCUUUCGGAUUCUCCGACUUCUAACGAUACCUCACCGAACUCUUCCAUCGAUUCUCUGUCGAAUUUUUGCGAUGAAACACAAGGCAAUUUUUCUCAAUACAUUGAAUGUGAUAAUAACAGGAUCUCGAACCAAGGUUAUUUUUCCGAACAAGUGCCGACCUUCCACCAAGAUCUUCUUCAUAAUGACGUUACGUUAAGUUCACCUAUGAAGUUCGAAGAACAACAAAGAACGAACUCAGGCGACGAACCCCUUAAUAACUCUGACGGAUGCAUCGUUUUUCGUUCAUCAUCUCCUCGGGCAGACGCAUUUCUUGACGCUGCAACAGAGGAAAAAACUGCGGACGCUACAGACUCUUGUGGACUGCCGACUCGCAAUCCAGCGGACGGGGAUGUUCAUUUCAACACCGACAUCUCGUCGCCGGCUUGCGCACGCCAAUCUUCUCCUUGCCAGCCCAGCCGCGAGAGCGGCGCAUCGACGCUUGACUUGCUGGGCAAGUCGCGCAAGGAGCGCACGGCGUUCACUAAGCAGCAGAUCAGGCAGCUCGAGGACGAGUUCCAGCACUCAAACUACCUCACCAGACUCAGGCGCUACGAGAUCGCCGUAGCUCUCGAUCUCACCGAGCGCCAGGUGAAAGUUUGGUUCCAAAAUCGUCGCAUGAAAUGGAAGAGAACAAAAAGUGGGCAACUUGCAAUGAAGCGGCAAAAGGAGCUCGAGGAACAACAGAGAAAAGAAAUGGAACAACAUGAGACGGAUGAACAGAUGAUUAUUGCUCCAGAUGAAGCGCACCCAGAUUAUCAAAAUAUGUCAACAAGUUUUGAGCAAAACGAGAAAAAUAAAAGCUUGGAUACAUCGACGGCUUUGGAACUUGAAACAAUCCAGUGCGACUUAAACAAGUCCGAAACUCGUUUCCCGUCAAGCGCUGAAUCAGAAAUACCUGUAGAGACUAGCGAUUGUUUUCAAGCUUCUGUAGAUACGUUAAUGGAACGUCCAGGGAUAAUCUCGAACAAAUUGAAACCUUACGACAAUCAAAACCUAAGCGAGGUUCCGAUUACCGAAAAAAAUUCUGGGGAAAUGGCCGGACUUCAAGAGUGUGGUCGCAAAGUCUUCCAAGAUUUUGACAUUGAAUGUUUUCAUAGAACAGGAAAAGUUCUAAAUAAUUUUGAGCAUUUUUCAUAUUCAAUGUUUGGUAAAGACGAGACAAGUGGAUGCGUGCAGUCGGUGGACCAAUUCGAAACAUCAGAAGAGAAGAGCGAUCAUCUUCCCUUUAAUUCCUCCACAGAAUGUUUGCCUGCACUUGGGGAUGACGUUAAUUUGGUCGCGUCUUCACAAGGACGUGUUAUACACGAGGCUCACGAAGAGGAAUUCUUAGACAGAAUAUUGACGGGCUCGACUACAAACUGUUACUCCUGUUAA